AUGUCGAAACCCACCGAGAAGGAAAUCCCCUUGGGCCAGCGCAAGAGCGCCGACCAAUUUUCUGUCAACGAAGAUGAGCUCGCCUCGUCGUCGACGCCAGGCAAGUCUACUCCCAGUCAUACCCACCGUACGUUGGAGAGCAGACACAUUAACCUUAUAGCCAUUGGUGGAUCCAUCGGUACCGGUUUGUUCAUCACCAUUGGUUCCAGUGGUUUGGUCAAGGCCGGUCCCUUGGGGCUUCUCUUGGCGUACACGUUGUGGACCGUUGUGAUCUUGAUGUUGACCGUUUCCGUCGGUGAGAUGGUGUGCUACUUGCCCAUGGACUCUCCGUUCUUGAACAUGACGGGCCGUGUGGUGGACCCUGCGCUCGAGGCUGCCGCCUCCAUCAAUUUCUGGCUCAUGCAGAGUUUGUACAUUCCCUUUGAGAUCACCGCCGUCAACGGUAUGAUCCACUUCUGGAGAUCCGACUAUUCGCCCGCCAUCACCAUUGUGGUGUGUAUUGUCAUCUAUGCGGCCAUCAACGUUUUCGCGGUCAGAGCCUAUGGUGAGUCCGAGUUCUGGUUGUCGCUUGGAAAGUUGAUUUUGUGUAUUGGUCUCUUGUUCUUCACCCUCAUCACCAUGUGUGGUGGAAACCCACAGAAGGACGCUUUUGGUUUCAGAAACUGGCACGCUGCAGGCGGGCCCAUUGCCGAGUACAUCAGCAAGGGCCCUGGAGGACGUAUGAACGGUUUCAUGGCCGGUAUUGUGUCUGCCUGUUUCACGGUCGUGUCGUCCGAGUACCUUGCCAUGACCGCCGGUGAGGCCAAGAACCCUAGAAAGAACUUGUCCAGCGCCUUCAAAACCGUGUUGUACCGUUUGGCCAUCUUCUUCGUUGGUGGUGCCUUGAGUGUCAGUAUCUUGAUUGCUUACAACGACCCUCACUACUUGGCUUUGACCAGUGAGUCUUCCAACGCUGCUGCUUCUCCUUACGUUGUUGCCAUGCAGAACAUGGGUAUCAAGGUUCUCCCUUCGAUCGUCAACGUGGUCAUUUUGACCUCUGCUUUCUCCGCUGGUAACUCCUACACCUACUGUUCCUCCAGAACCUUGUAUGCCCUCUCCAAGAAGGGCUUGGUUCCAAGAUUCUUCAGUUACUGUACCAAGAGCGGUGUUCCAAUCUACUGUGUGGCCGUCUCUUGUUGUUUCUCCCUCUUGUCGUUGAUGCAAUUGGGUUCUUCUGGCCAAAAGGUCUUGAACUUCAUGGUCAGUUUGUGUACCGGUUCUCAAUUGCUUAACUACUUCAUCAUGGGUAUCACUUACUUGCACUUCUACAGAGCUUGUAACGCCCAGGGUAUCGACAGAACUCAGUUCACUUACACUUCUUGGUUCCAGCCAUACACCGGCAUUGCUGCCACUUUCUUUAUUGGUGUGAUGGUGCUCUGUUUGGGUUACACUGUCUUCAUUCCAGGCUACUGGGCUGUCAACAGUUUCUUGUUCAAUUACGUGAUGAUCUUUGUCACUCUUGCUGUCUAUGCUGGCUGGAAAAUCUUCGCCAAAACCAAGUACAUCAAGCCAGAAGACGCCGACCUUACUUCCGGUCUCGAGGAGAUCGAGGAGCACGAAUACCACUUCUACGCCGAGAUGGAGGCCCACAAUAAGGUUGAGACUAGAUGGAGCAGAAUCGUCAACUGGAUUUUGUAG